ACUAAGCAGGCAAUUCAACAAAUAACAUGCUUCAUAAAUUUUGUAGACAAGAUUCCAGCACAGGAUAAGCAGUUUGGAACAAUAUUAGGGAAAUUAUUUUGGAGGGAAAACCUUCCUAAUGACCUUGGGUGAAUAUAUAAACUUAAGUUAUAGGUGGAUAGGGAGAGUAAGUUGAAGCAGUAUGGUGAUAAUAUUCUGAUCUACUCUUACACUUCCUAGUUCCACAGUUUCCUUCUGCAAUAGAACCCAGUAGGACUCCACUGAGGAAUCUCUCAGUUUUAGGGGACAAAGCCAUGUAUUGUCCUGCCCCAGUAUCUCCCUAAGAUCUCACCAACUCAACAAAAAUCCUGUCACUGAGUAGGCAGCUGAGGAAUGACAAGACAUCUGUACUGUUCCCUUCUUCUGCAGUUGAUAAGUCCUAACACAGACCUGCUGCCUGCUGUGUUUCUGGGUCUAGUAGGGACAAUUUGAGGAUCCAUAGUUUUUUCUAAGCACCAAAGACACAGUCUGCCCUGGCUCACUAGGGAAUUGCUUCAUUUCAGGCAGGCAAGAGGGCAGGAGGCAGGAGGCAGAAGUAAUUUCUCUGGAGAAUUUGUUGCCAGUGUAGGAAUUGCACCUGAGAAUUCUUUGCCACAAAGCUAAUCCUUCUGCUUGUUUUAGGUUUCCCCCAAGAAAACAUUGUGGCUGGGCUGUGUGUUUUAUGGGCAGCUAGCUGCCUCUGGAGUCUGACAUUGACACACUGUUCAUCUGCAAGAGCAGCCCUUGGAAGAAUCCUUAUGCCUAGUUCUGCCAAGAAAUAUGCCUGGCAUGUUGGAUCUUGGCCCUUCUUACUGAGGAUGUGGUCAUUAACAAGGGCAAACUGCCCAACAACUUAAAUUCCUUUGAGUUUUACCCAGGGAGUAAGAGAACAGAAGAAACUUAUCUUCAUUCUCAGAAGCACCUAAAUCUUUUCCUGAGUCACUGUUUGGAGUGAGUUAACAAUUUGUGGGUAGGGCCAUCUCCUAUAGGGUGUGCUGAGCAAGAACAAUGUGGAUGGAAAGUAUGUAAAAUGGGUGUCCAGAUAGAAGUUAUUGAGUUCUGUUGUUUCAAUGUGUAAUGAAACCAUUCAGAUAACCUAUGUAUUUUCCUUUUAGGUAGUUCCCCCCCCACCGCCCAGUUAGGAAAGUCUUGAGAAAAGGAUGAGAGAAUAUUGCUUUCACCAAAACUUGUUAAAAAAUUCCAUUUUUAGUGUUUUAAGUCAUUGCACAGAGAAGAACACUGAACUUUGAAAGAAAUGUUGGAAACCAUAGACAAAAAUCGGGCCCUGCAGGCAGCAGAGCGCUUGCAAGCAAAGCUACGAGAACGAGGGGAUGCAGCUAAUGAAGACAAACUGAGCCUUCUGAAGUCUGUCCUGCAGAGCCCCCUCUUCAGUCAGAUUCUGAGCCUUCAGUCUUCUGUGCAGCAGCUGAAAGACCAGGUAAACACUGUAACAUCAGCGUCUUCAAAUGUUGAAUAUGCCCACAUUCCUCCUCUUACUUCUGUUGUAAUUCCUGCUGUGCAAAAUGAAUCAACUUCAUUACCUCCAAAUAAUGGGAAUCUGGAAACACUUACAGGACCUGGUACUCCUCAUACCAAUGAGAAACCUGCAUGUGAUGAAUUUGAACAGCUGAUAAAAAAUAUGGCCCAGGGUCGCCAUGUAGAAGUUUUUGAGCUCCUCAAACCUCCAUGUGGAGGCCUUGGGUUUAGCGUUGUGGGGCUCAGGAGUGAAAACAGGGGAGAGCUGGGAAUAUUUGUGCAAGAAAUACAAGAGGGCAGUGUGGCUUACAGAGAUGGAAGACUGAAGGAGAGUGAUCAGAUCCUUGCUAUCAAUGGGCAGGCACUUGAUCAGACAAUUACACAUCAGCAGGCCAUCAGCAUCCUCCAGAAAGCCAAGGAUGUGGUCCAGCUAGUUAUUGCCAGAGGCUCCUUGCCUCAGCUCAUCAGCCCCCGAGUUUCCCGCUCUCCAUCUGCAGCCAGCACAGUCUCAGCUCACUCUAAUCCAAUUCACUGGCAGCAUGUAGAAACAAUUGAACUGGUGAAUGAUGGCUCAGGCCUGGGCUUUGGUAUCAUAGGAGGAAAAGCAACUGGUGUGAUAGUCAAAACUAUUCUGCCUGGAGGAGUAGCUGACCAGCAUGGGCGACUAUGUAGUGGAGACCACAUUCUAAAGAUUGGUGACACAGAUCUGGCAGGAAUGAGCAGUGAGCAAGUAGCACAAGUCCUCAGGCAGUGUGGAAAUAGAGUUAAGUUGAUGAUCGCAAGAGGCGCCAUAGAAGAAGCUACAGCACCCACCUCUUUUGGUAUUACCCUCUCCUCCCCAUCUUCUACACCUGAGCUGCGGGUUGAUGCUUCUACUCAAAAAAGUGAAGAAAGUGAGACGUUUGAUGUGGAACUCACCAAAAAUGUCCAAGGAUUAGGAAUUACCAUCGCUGGUUAUAUUGGAGAUAAAAAAUUAGAACCUUCAGGAAUCUUUGUAAAGAGCAUUACGAAAAGCAGUGCUGUUGAGCACGAUGGAAGAAUCCAAAUUGGAGACCAAAUUAUAGCAGUAGAUGGUACCAGCCUUCAGGGUUUUACCAAUCAGCAGGCAGUAGAGGUGUUGCGACACACAGGACAAACUGUACGCCUAACACUUAUGAGGAGAGGAAUGAAGCAGGAAGAGGAGCUCACAUUUAGGGAGGAUGUCACAAAAGAAGUGGAUGUGUCUCUUGUUAAUGCCGGCAUAAGCAAAGAAAAUUAUGAAAAAGAUGAGGAUUCUUUGUCUUUGAGAAGAAAUACCAACAUAUUACCAAUUGAAGAAGAAGGGUGUCUGGUGCUGUCAGAUGAGGUACAAGAAACAGAAGAUACACAGCAACAAGAAGCUUUCCUGCUGACAAAGUGGCAGAGGAUUAUGGGAAUUAACUAUGAGAUAGUGGUGGCCCAUGUAAGCAAGUUUAGCGAGAACAGUGGGUUAGGGAUAAGUCUGGAAGCAACAGUGGGACAUCAUUUCAUCCGAUCUGUUCUACCAGAAGGUCCUGUUGGACACAGUGGGAAGCUCUUCAGUGGAGAUGAGCUAUUGGAAGUGAACGGCAUAACUUUGCUUGGGGAAAAUCACCAAGAUGUGGUCAAUGUUUUAAAAGAAUUGCCUAUAGAAGUGACAAUGGUGUGCUGUCGUCGAACUGUGCCACCAACCCCCCAGUCAGAAUUGGAUGGCCUGGACUUUAGUGACAUUGAGCUAACGGAAAAGCCACAUGUAGAUCUAGGUGAGUUCAUCGGGUCCUCAGAGACAGAGGAUCCAGUGCUGGCGAUGACUGAAGUGGGUCAAAAUGUGGAGGAGGUUCAAGCACCCUUGGCCAUGUGGGAGGCUGGCAUUCAGUACAUAGAGCUGGAGAAAGGGAGCAGAGGCCUUGGUUUUAGCAUUUUAGAUUAUCAGGAUCCAGUUGACCCAGCAAGCACUGUGAUUGUAAUUCGCUCUUUGGUGCCCGGUGGCAUUGCUGAGAAGGAUGGACGACUGCUUCCUGGAGAUCGUCUGAUGUUUGUCAAUGACAUUGACUUGGAAAACAGCAGUCUGGAAGAGGCAGUGCAAGCACUGAAGGGAGCCCCAUCAGGAGCUGUGAGAAUAGGAGUGGCCAAACCUUUACCUCUUUCACCAGAAGAAGGUUAUGUUUCUGCUAAGGAGGAUUCCUUUCUCUCCACACCUCACCCCUGCGAGGAGCAAGGGCUGGCUGGCAAAGCCCUCUUCAGGGCAGACUUGGCUCUGGUGGAUACACCUGAGGCUGAAUUAGUAGAUGAAUCCACAUUUGAGUCUCAGUUCUCUCCAGACAGUGACAGUGUCUAUUCCACCCAAGCCUCUGUUCUGUCUCUUCACAGCAGUGCUUGUAGUGAUGGCCUGAACUAUGGUCCUUCCCUGCCAUCCUCUCCUCACAAGGAUGUUACUGAGGAUUCUCAUGCAGUACUUGAUUUGCAUGUGUCGUUGGAAGAGCUCUAUGCUCAAAAUCUCCUGCAAAGACAAGAUGGCAAUCUACCUUCAGUAGAUCUGAGCAUGGGGGCUGCUUCUGGCUUUACUGUAAAUGAUUAUACACCUGCAGAUGCUAUUGAACAGCAGUAUGAAUGUGAAAGUACAAUAGCUUGGACUGAAUCUCAGUUAUCAACUGAAGUUAUAUCAAGUGCUGAACUCACUUCUCCUAUACUACCUGAUUCAAGUGGAAAGAGCCCUGAUUACUUAAUUGAACAGAGCUCCCUGGUCUCUAAUGCCGAGUGUGUCAUGCUACAAAGUAUGUCCAAAGAAUCUUUUGAGAGAACUAUUACUAUAGCAAAAGGCAAUUCUAGUCUAGGGAUGACAGUAAGCGCUAACAAAGAUGGCUCGGGGAUGGUUGUCCGAAGCAUUAUUCGUGGAGGCGCCAUUAGCCGAGACGGCCGUAUCUCUGUCGGGGACUGCGUUUUGUCCAUUAAUGAAGAAUCUACCAUCAGCUUAACCAAUGCCCAGGCACGAGCCAUGUUGAGAAGACAUUCUCUAAUUGGACCUGAUAUAAAAAUAACUUACGUGCCUGCAGAACAUUUGGAGGAGUUCAGAAUAAGUUUGGGACCACAAUCUGAAGGAAUAGUGGCACUGGACAUUUUCUCUUCAUACACUGGCAGAGACAUUCCAGAACUACCAGAGCGAGAAGAAGGAGAGGGAGAAGAGAGUGAACUUCAGAAUGCAGCAUACAGCAACUGGAAUCAGCCCAGGCGGGUUGAACUCUGGCGAGAACCAAGCAAAUCCUUGGGCAUCAGCAUUGUUGGUGGACGAGGGAUGGGGAGUCGCCUAAGCAAUGGGGAAGUAAUGAGAGGCAUUUUCAUCAAACAUGUUCUUGAAGAUAGUCCAGCUGGCAAAAAUGGAACAUUGAAACCUGGAGACAGAAUAGUAGAGGUGGAUGGAAUGGACCUCAGAGAUGCAAGCCAUGAACAAGCUGUGGAAGCCAUUCGGAAAGCAGGCAGCCCUGUAGUCUUUUUGGUACAGAGCAUUAUAAACAGACCAAGGAAAUCCCCUUUGCCUUCCUUGCCGCACAACCUUUACCCUAAGUACAACUUCAGCAGCACUAACCCAUUUGCUGAUUCUCUCCAGUUCAACGCUGACAAGGAAUUACAGAAUUCAAGUACAGUUAUCUUCCAUUGUUCCCCAUCUAACCCUUUUGCUGCCACACCAUUUAAGGCACCCAGUCAGUCAGAAUCAGAGCCAGAGAAGGCUCCAUUGUGCGAUGUUCCUUCACUCUCGCCUUCAGCAUUUGCAGAAAUGGGCAGUGAUCACGCAGAGUCAUCUGUAAGCAAAAUCCCAGAAGAUGUGGACAAAGAUGAGUUUGGUUACAGCUGGAAAACUAUCAGAGAGCGUUAUGGAACCCUUACGGGCGAGCUCCAUAUGAUUGAACUGGAAAAAGUUCGCAGUGGUUUGGGUCUAAGUCUUGCAGGGAACAAAGACCGAAGCAGAAUGAGUGUCUUUAUAGUGGGAAUUGAUCCAAAUGGAGCAGCAGGGAGAGAUGGCCGAUUACAGAUUGCAGAUGAGCUCCUAGAGAUCAAUGGUCAAAUUUUAUACGGAAGAAGUCACCAGAAUGCCUCAUCAAUCAUUAAAUGUGCCCCCUCUAAAGUAAAAAUAAUUUUUAUCAGAAAUAAAGAAGCAAUGAGUCAGAUGGCUGUAUGUCCUGGAAAUACAGUAGAUCCUUUGCCUUCUACCUCAGAGAAUCUUCAGACUAAGGAGGUGGAACCAAGUGUUACUACUUCUGAUGCAGCUGUGGAUCUCAGUUCAUUUAAAAAUGUGCACCAUCUGGAGCUUCCCAAGGACCAAGGGGGUUUGGGGAUUGCUAUCAGUGAAGAAGAUACGCUCAGUGGAGUCAUCAUAAAGAGUCUAACAGAGCAUGGGGUGGCAGCCAAGGAUGGACGACUCAAAAUUGGAGAUCAGAUCCUAGCUGUAGAUGAUGAGAUUGUUGCUGGCUAUCCUGUUGAAAAGUUUAUUAGCCUUCUGAAAACAGCAAAGACAACAGUAAGACUGACCAUUUGUGCUGAGAAUCCAGAUUCCCAGACCAUUCCUUCAGCAGCUGAUGCAGCCACUGGAGAAGAACAGAGCAGCCUGCAGUCUCCCACAGUCCCACAGUCUGGUGUCCCUGAACUGGAACCAGAGCCAAUGCGAAGUUCAAGCAGAUCAUCCACACCAGCGAUCUUUGCUUCUGAUCCUGCAACCUGCCCCAUUAUCCCUGGCUGUGAAACAACAAUUGAGAUUUCCAAAGGGCGAACGGGACUAGGCCUGAGCAUUGUUGGGGGAUCUGACACGCUGCUGGGUGCCAUUAUUAUCCAUGAGGUUUAUGAAGAAGGAGCAGCAUGUAAAGAUGGAAGACUCUGGGCUGGAGACCAGAUUUUAGAGGUGAAUGGAAUUGACUUGAGAAAAGCCACUCAUGAUGAAGCAAUCAAUGUUCUGAGACAGACACCACAAAGAGUGCGACUGACACUCUACCGAGACGAGGCACCUUACAAAGAGGAGGAUGUGUGUGAUGCCCUCACCAUUGAACUGCAGAAGAAGCCAGGAAAAGGCCUGGGAUUAAGUAUUGUUGGUAAAAGAAAUGAUACUGGAGUAUUUGUAUCAGACAUCGUCAAAGGAGGAAUUGCAGAUGCUGAUGGGAGACUAAUGCAGGGAGACCAGAUAUUAAUGGUGAAUGGAGAAGAUGUCCGUAAUGCCACCCAGGAAGCAGUUGCUGCUUUGCUAAAGUGCUCCCUAGGCACAGUAACCCUGGAAGUUGGAAGAAUCAAAGCUGGCCCAUUCCAUUCAGAGAGGAGGCCUUCUCAAAGCAGCCAGGUGAGUGAAGGCAGCCUGUCAUCUUUUACUCUUCCACUCUCUGGAAUAAGUACAUCUGAGUUGUUGGAAAGUAGCUCAAAGAAGAAUGCACUUGCAUCUGAAAUACAGGGAUUAAGAACAGUUGAAAUAAAAAAGGGGCCUACUGACUCACUGGGAAUCAGCAUUGCUGGAGGAGUGGGCAGCCCACUUGGGGAUGUUCCAAUAUUUAUUGCAAUGAUGCACCCAAAUGGUGUUGCAGCUCAGACCCAGAAACUCAGAGUUGGGGAUAGGAUUGUCACUAUCUGUGGCACAUCCACUGAGGGGAUGACACACACUCAAGCAGUUAAUUUACUGAAAAAUGCCUCUGGCUCCAUUGAAAUGCAGGUGGUUGCUGGAGGAGAUGUGAGUGUGGUCACAGGUCAUCAGCAGGAGCCUGUCAAUUCUAGUCUUUCUUUCACUGGGCUGACGUCAAGCAGUAUUUUUCAGGAUGAUUUAGGACCUCCGCAGUGUAAGUCUAUCACCCUAGACCGAGGACCAGAUGGCUUGGGCUUCAGUAUAGUAGGAGGGUAUGGCAGUGCUCAUGGAGACUUGCCCAUUUAUGUGAAAACAGUGUUUGUAAAGGGAGCAGCCUCUGAAGAUGGCCGUCUAAAAAGGGGUGAUCAGAUCAUUGCUGUUAAUGGGCAGAGUCUAGAAGGAGUAACCCAUGAAGAAGCUGUUGCCAUCCUUAAGCGGACAAAAGGCUCUGUCACCUUAAUGGUUCUCUCCUGAAUUGGCUACCAGAAUUGAACCAACCCAGCCUGUCACUCACCUCCCUCUGUAAGGACAAUGGAACUGGUCUUAUGGAUGACAUUUCCUAUACUUGUACAUGGGGUCUUCAAAACUGUAGGGGAAAAACAACAUUUAAGCUUGUUUUUCUUAUCUGGAAAUGAUUUUCUUACUGAUAGCCUAACAUUUUUCCUUUCCCCUUGCAUCUUGUAAACCUAAACUCAAAGAGAAGGAAUUUUUACAUAAGUAUAUCUAGUUUUUCCUUUGAAGAUAUCCAAUAUCUUACAGUCACAUGAAAAAAAAUUAUUAUAUGCUAAUCAUGUUAGUAAAGAAAAAAAUAAUUCUAAAGCUAGCAAGAAAAAUGGUUUCAGUGAAUAAGGGUGGAAAAUAAAAAUAUA